CUUCUUUCUGCCUUUGGCUCGGAGUUUGAGUGACGCGCGGGCAGGAGCAGCGCAUCAUUUCAGCUUGGAAAGAACUACGGCCGGGCGAGAAGGAGAAGAAGGAGAGCUCGCGCGGCCCCCCGCCUCUCCGAACGUCACGCGCGAGGACUUUCCGAAUUCUCGCUUGAACCGAAUGGCUGUAUGAGAGACUCGUUCCGGCCAUCUCCUCAUCUUCUUAAUCUUCUUUCCCUCCUCUGGGACGUACAAGUCCUUCUUCUCUGCACCGGGCCGCGCUCGGCAUAACAAAAAGUCCAAAACUAAUCCAGUCCCAGAUCGUCGCCGCCUCACGCGCGCUGUGUGUGGACGGUCAUGGAUAACCAAAUCAAGUGGAAAGCGAAACGGAGGCUUAAGGGCGCGCGGCUAGCUUUAACGAUGCUCUUGCUCUUCGCCUCAGCAACCACGUCGUCGCUCGCUGGACCAGCUGACCUUCUGAAGAUUUUAGAUUUUCCGAGUUUGCCUGAUGGUGUAACAAAAACUACAGGCUUCUGCACACACAGGAAGUCAUCGAAAGUGCCUGAUGUAGCUUACAGAGUAAGCAAAGAUGCUCAGCUUAGUGCUCCUACCAAACAGCUCUACCCAUCUUCAGUUUUUCCAGAAGACUUCUCAAUCGUGGCAACUGUGCGACCAAAUAAGGGCAGCCAGGCAUUCCUGCUCUCCAUCUAUAAUGAACAGGGCAUGCAGCAGCUGGGUAUUGAGGUGGGCCGUUCACCUGUCUUCCUCUAUGAGGACCACCUUGGAAAGCCAGGCCCUGAGGACUACCCUCUCUUCAGAGGAGUAAACCUGGCUGACGGAAAGUGGCACCGUGUAGCGAUUAGCGUUCAUAAGCAGAGUGUUACGCUGAUCGUAGACUGUAAGAAGCAGACAACACGCAAGUUGGCACGAAGCCUGAACCCCGUCAUUGACACUAAAGGCAUUGUAGUGUUUGGUACACGCAUACUGGAUGAAGAAGUUUUUGAGGGUGAUAUUCAGCAGCUGAUGAUUAUUGCAGACCAUCGUGCUGCAUAUGACUACUGUGAACAUUAUAGCCCAGACUGUGAGGUUCCUGCCCAGGAGCAGCCACAAAACCAGGACCCAAACACAGACGAAUAUAACACUGAAGACGACACCUACUAUUAUGAGUAUCCAUACUAUGAUGACUUGGAUGCAGAGAAGAACGAGGAGUCGUCAGUCACCCCCGGCAGGACCAUUGACUCAGGCCGAGUCGACACAACCAUAACAAGGGAAACCGUAGUAGGUGGUGGAACAGGACAUUCUGUUGGCUCCACUAGCAGUUCUACUAGUAGCAAGGACACAGGAACUGGCAGUGAGACAUAUGAUGAAUAUGAUGAUCAUGGGUAUGAUACAACAUACUAUGACGAGUCAACUUCCUCGCCUGGCAGCUCACUAACAAUCACAAGCACAGGCACAGGCACAGGCACAGAUACUGGGGAUGACUUCGACCUGCCAGAUGCAAUAGAUCCUGAUCUGGGUGGAGAUGUGAAGAAACACACCAUCACUUCAAUCAGAGAAGGAGGACGCAUCCACACAUCCAACACUGGUGGUCCUGAUUCUAGCACUGGGUCUGGAACAAACAUCAGAAUUGGUUCAGGUUCUAGCACCGGUUCAGAAUCCAGCUCUGGUUCAAGCACAGGAUCUGCUUCUGUUUCUACUUCUAUUACAGGCCCUGGAUCUGUUUCCACAUCCAGUACAGGAUCAAGUACCAGCUCUAGCUCAGUGGAUAAUUAUGAUAACUAUGGCUAUGGGGUGACCUAUGAGGAUGAGUACACUGAUGGUUUUGUUGAGGGUGUGGACACUGCUGGAGGAGGAAGCAGCAGCAGUACCGCAUCUGUCGGGGCCGGAUCUUCUUCUGUUGGGGGUGAAUCUGUUUCUGUUGGGGGCGGAUCUGUUUCUGUUGGGGGCGGAUCAGUCUCAGUUGGGGGCAGCUCUGUUUCUGUUGGAGGUGGUUCAGUCUCUGUUAGUAGUUCGGCUGGAGGUGGUGGUGGUGGAUCUGCUAGUGCUGGGGCUGGUGCAGGGGCAGGAACAGCCAAGAUAGAAGGUGGCGAGGAUGGAGAUUAUCCCGAUUCAUUUAACGAGGAGUCCAUUACAGAUCUCACUGACUCUGACCUGGACAAGGUUUACAACGAUUACAAAGAAUAUUAUGGUGAAGGCGAUGACAAAAACUUGCCUGCCGAGACUGGAAUUUACCAGGAGGAAGGAUCUAGAGGAGAGAAGGGGCAGAAAGGAGAGCCAGCCAUCAUUGAACCAGGAAUGUUGGUGGAAGGCCCCCCUGGACCUGAGGGCCCAACUGGUCUUCCUGGUCCUCCAGGAACAUCAGGAGCCCCGGGCUCUUCUGGAGACCCUGGAGAGAGGGGUCCUCCUGGUCGCCCUGGUCUUCCUGGAGCUGAUGGACUGCCAGGACCUCCAGGGACUGUCCUGAUGCUGCCUUUCCGGAUGAGCACAGGAGGAGAUGGCCAUAAAGGACCUGCAGUUUCUGCCCAAGAAGCUCAGAUGCAGGCUAUCAUGCAGCAGGCCAGGCUGGCAAUGAGAGGUCCAACUGGUCCUAUGGGUUUAACUGGUCGUCCUGGGCCUCAGGGUCCUCCUGGUGUUAUUGGAAUUAAAGGUGAAUCUGGGGAGCAGGGACAUCAGGGUCCUCGUGGUUUAAUGGGUUCCAUCGGCCCUCCUGGAAAGCCUGGUAGAAGAGGUCGUCCUGGAGCAGAUGGAGCCAGAGGCAUGCCUGGACAAACUGGACCAAAGGGAGACAGAGGUUUUGAUGGUCUGGCUGGAUUACCUGGAGAAAAGGGACACAGGGGUGAGUCAGGACCUCAAGGACCCCCAGGACCCUCAGGAGAGGAUGGAGAAAGAGGAGAUGAUGGUGAGGUCGGACCUAGGGGUCUACCUGGCGAACCAGGUCCUCGUGGUUUGUUAGGACCCAAAGGACCCCAGGGACCGCAGGGAUCUCCUGGAGUGACAGGAAUGGAUGGUCAUCCUGGUCCAAAAGGAAACAUUGGUCCUCAAGGUGAGCCUGGUCCUCCAGGACAGCAAGGCAACCCUGGUGCUCAGGGACUUCCAGGACCUCAAGGAGCCAUCGGACCUCCAGGAGAGAAGGGUCCAACAGGAAAACCAGGAUUACCAGGCAUGCCAGGAGCUGAUGGACCUCCGGGUCACCCAGGGAAGGAAGGCCCAUCUGGUGAAAAAGGUCAAAUGGGACCAUCUGGAGCACAAGGACCAAUCGGAUAUCCUGGCCCUCGAGGUGUGAAGGGUGCUGAUGGAGUUCGUGGGCUAAAAGGAAACAAGGGUGAAAAGGGAGAAGAUGGCUUCCCUGGAUUUAAAGGAGAUAUGGGUAUCAAGGGUGAUCGGGGUGAGGGUGGACCUGCAGGACCCAGAGGAGAGGAUGGUCCUGAAGGACCUAAAGGACGUUCUGGCCUUCCUGGAGAUGCCGGACCUCUUGGACCAAAUGGAGAGAAGGGCAAGCUUGGUGUUCCAGGAUUGCCAGGAUAUCCUGGAAGGCAAGGGCCAAAGGGUUCUCAAGGAUUCCAAGGCUUCGCAGGAGCCAAUGGAGAAAAGGGAACAAGGGGAAUAGCUGGAAAGGCUGGUCCACGAGGACAGCGAGGACCUACUGGCCCUCGAGGAGAAAGAGGCCCUAGGGGACCCACAGGAAAAGCAGGACCAAAGGGCAACUCAGGAAGUGAUGGACCCCCUGGACCACCUGGUGAACGGGGUUUGCCAGGACCUCAGGGAUCAACUGGAUUCCCUGGACCUAAAGGGCCUCCUGGACCAGCUGGAAAAGACGGACUGCCCGGGCACCCUGGCCAGAGAGGAGAGACAGGUUUCCAAGGAAAGACUGGACCACCCGGACCUCCAGGUGUGCUGGGACCUCAGGGACCAACAGGUGAAACUGGACCAAUGGGAGAGCGUGGCCAUCCUGGACCUCCAGGACCACCAGGUGAACAAGGUCUGCCAGGACCUGCUGGUAAAGAAGGAGCUAAGGGAGAUCCAGGUCCUGCAGGGCCAGCUGGUAAAGAUGGACCCCAAGGACUGCGAGGUUUUCCUGGAGAGAGAGGGUUACCUGGGCCUGUUGGAACUGCAGGUUUGAAAGGGAGUGAAGGACCACCGGGUCCACCUGGGCCUGCUGGUUCACCUGGUGAGCGAGGACCUGCUGGUCCAACAGGUCCCACUGGACCACCUGGACGCCCAGGACCUCAGGGACCCCCAGGGCCUGCUGGAGAGAAAGGUGGACCAGGAGAAAAAGGACCUCAAGGCCCUGCUGGUAGAGAUGGUAUUCAGGGUCCUGUUGGUUUGCCUGGUCCUGCUGGACCUCUUGGACCUCCAGGAGAAGAUGGAGAUAAGGGUGAGAUUGGUGAGCCUGGUCAGAAAGGUGGCAAAGGAGAUAAAGGAGAACAGGGUCCUCCUGGGCCAACCGGUCCCCAAGGACCAAUUGGUGCACCUGGUCCUGCUGGAGCUGAUGGAGAGCCUGGUCCAAGAGGACAGCAGGGCUUGUUUGGGCAGAAAGGAGAUGAGGGACCGCGAGGAUUCCCUGGGCCACCAGGACCUGUUGGCCUUCAGGGUUUGCCUGGACCUCCUGGUGAGAAAGGAGAAACUGGAGACGUUGGUCAUAUGGGUCCACCUGGUCCUCCAGGUCCCCGAGGCCCCUCUGGACCCCCAGGAGCUGAUGGACCCCAGGGACCCUCUGGAGGCAUUGGAAACCCUGGAGCUGUGGGAGAGAAGGGAGACCCAGGUGAGCCUGGAGAGCCCGGUUUGCAAGGCGACGUUGGUCCUCCGGGACCAAGAGGAGAGCGAGGAGAGAAAGGAGAAUCUGGUCCUGCUGGAACUGCUGGUCCACCAGGACCUAAGGGCCCUCCUGGUGAUGAUGGUCCCAAAGGAAGUCCAGGUCCAAGUGGUUUUCCUGGUGAUCCUGGACCUCCUGGAGAGCCUGGCCCACCUGGUUUGGAUGGUCCUCCUGGUGACAAAGGUGAUGAUGGAGAGUCUGGUCAGCCUGGAUCUCCAGGACCAACUGGUGAAUCUGGACCAACUGGACCUCCAGGAAAAAGAGGUCCUCCAGGGGUGGCAGGGCCUGAAGGACGGCAGGGAGAGAAAGGAGCUAAGGGUGAGCCUGGUCUCGAGGGUCCACAGGGUAAGACAGGUCCUGUUGGACCUCAAGGUGCUCCUGGCAAGCCUGGAUCCGAAGGAUUACGAGGAAUUCCUGGCCCAGUAGGAGAACAAGGUCUGCCUGGAUCUCCUGGACCUGAUGGACCCCCAGGACCUAUGGGUCCUCCUGGAUUGCCUGGACUAAAAGGAGACACUGGAGUUAAAGGAGAAAAGGGUCAUCCAGGUCUGAUUGGUUUGAUUGGGCCCCCUGGAGAGCAGGGAGAAAAAGGAGACAGAGGACUGCCAGGACCACAGGGAGCACAUGGUCCUAAAGGAGACAAUGGUAUUGCUGGACCUGCUGGACCUCUGGGACCCAUUGGGCCUCCUGGAUUGCCUGGUCCCCCUGGACCUAAAGGUGCUAAAGGAUCAUCAGGUCAGACAGGACCAAAAGGAGAAUCAGGAGUACCGGGACCUCCAGGACCACCGGGUCCACCAGGUGAUGUCAUCCACCCACUGCCCAUUCUUUCAAGUCCAAAGAGAGCACGGCGGAACAUCGAUGCUAGCCAAAUGGCAGAUGAUGCAGCUGAUGCCAACUACAAGGAUUAUGAGGAUGGUAUGGAGGAGAUAUUUGGCUCGCUCAACUCUCUUAAACAGGAGAUUGAACAAAUGAAGCACCCACUAGGCACCAGGGCCAACCCAGCACGUACCUGUAAAGACCUGCAACUCUGCCACCCUGACUUCCCUGAUGGAGAGUACUGGAUUGAUCCAAACCAGGGCUGCUCACGAGAUUCUUUCAAAGUUUACUGCAACUUCACAGCUGGAGGAGAGAGCUGUAUUUUCCCAGAUAAGAAAAGUGAAGGAACUAGGCUAACUUCCUGGGUGAAGGAGACUCCAGGUUCCUGGUACAGUGAAUUCAAACGGGGUAAACUGCUCUCUUACAUGGACGCUGAGGGCAAUCCUAUUGGUGUGGUCCAAAUGACAUUCCUACGCUUGCUAAGUGCCUCCGCACGGCAGAACCUCACGUAUAACUGCUACCAGUCUGUAGCCUGGCAUGACCAGGACCUGGACUCUCAUGACAAGGCCAUCCGCUUCCUGGGCUCCAAUGAUGAAGAGAUGUCCCAUGACAACAAUCCAUACAUUAAUGCAAUCAUUGAUGGAUGUGCGUUGAAAAAAGGAUAUGAAAAGACUAUUCUAGAGAUCAACACACCAAAGGUGGAGCAGAUACCAUAUGUUGACAUCAUGUUCAACGAUUUCGGUGGAGCAACACAGAAGUUUGGCUUUGAGGUUGGCCCGGCCUGCUUUAUUGGCUAAGACUGUUCACUGAGUGUACCCGCCCAAAAAAUUAAACAAACAUUAAUUUUCUCAGAACCAAAGAAAGGAAUAGGACAACAUAUUUUCUAAAGAUGUGUGUUUCCAAAAUAAAACAUCAACUUAGCAUAGAAAGGAUACAACAAUUUUUUUUUAAUUAAGAAUGGAAUUAAAAAAACACUCACAUGUGCUAACACACAUACACACACACACACACACACACACACACACACAAAUAAAAAAAAAACCAGAUUGUUUGACCUCAGUGUACCUGCCUCUGUCACAUGCAAGUUUUGAAACUGGAUUUGCAGAACGCUAGCUAGCUACCCCUGUGCUUUAAUUUCUACGAUCUUACCAACCAUGCUGUAUAGGUGUAGGAGAGCAACAGUAUUCCUCCAUCUUUGAUGCACUUCCUGCAGGUGGAAACCUCCUCACACACUUCACCUGGUUUUAGCUCUGUUUGGUUUCUGCUUGCAUUUAUUCAGUGUUUCAUUUUUCCCAAUACUUCAAUGAACUUUUUAUUUUGUGCAUAUUUGUUUUCCCAUUCUCUGGAAUGGUGCUUAUAUAUAAAUAUAUAUAAAUAUUUUUUGUAUGUUUGUAAGUACGUUCUGUAUAUUUCUCUUUUUUCUUGUUUCUUUUUUGUGUGCUUCAAAACAUGCAUGUGAACCAUUGAGCAAGAAGGACCGCAGAGAUGCUGGAUUUUGGUGCAAAAAUACAUUUUCAAAUUUUAGCUCCAUCUAUCAUCCUGGAGAAAAUUUGAUAGGAAAGAAAAGUAAAAUAAAAUGGCAGAACACCAGGAAGAAAGCAUUAUGUCCUAUACCAGAUGUGCCCCACAACUUUUUUUUUUUUUUGUUAUUUCAUAUUACUAAAUUAAAUAAUAAUAAAAGUUAGAACAAUCAAACAACUGUAAGUUCAUGUCAGAGAUUGGUCUUGUGGAUUGUUACAAUCACAGAGUAUAUGACCGAUUCCAUCCUUUAUCCUUUUUCUAUCAAACCUUGUGCCUGAGUCUAUCAGAAAGCACACAAAAUGAAAGACCAUUUCAUUGAGGAAACACUAUAUCAGUAAACUAGGUGCUAUUUCCUUCUGCCUGUGGUGCUAUAUACAUAUAUAUUUUACUUUUUUGUUUAUUUGUUUAAAACGAUUCACUGAUGUUGUUGAUGCAUCUUCCAUUUCUUUCACCAAAUUUUUUCUGGGUAGUGAGUCCUGUGUCUUGUGUGGGGAAAUAUUCUUAUGCAUGCCAAUCCAACGUAUACAUUCAUAAAAUCAAAGAUUUUGACCUCGUAACUAACAAAUCCGUCUUUUUUUGCUGUCACCCUAAACACUGUUGUUGAACAUGCAGUAUGCAAACUGUAAAGUGGCGCUUUUAUCUGGAGAUUAUUUAUGUACUUUUGCAUAUUCCUCCAUAUCACAUUUAUUCCCAUGAAUUCAAAGUGUAGUUUUAAAAAAGCAGAAUUUUUAAAGGUAGUAGGUGUUUUACCAUUUGUUGGACCUAGAGCUUUACUGUGGACAUGUGUGCAAUCAGCAGUUCACCUCAAGCAGUCAGAAGUCCAUAAAGUCUUCAGUGGAGAAUUUUUUAUUUUUUUUUAUUUUUAUUUUUUUUUACUUUUUUGUACAGGGAAGAACUUGACCUCUGUUACCAGAGCCAAAUACAGAGGACAAACUAAUCUACUGUCCUCCACUUCUCAGGCCAAAUAUAUUUUCACAGCUUUGGACUUAAUGUAAUACACUCAAUUAUUAAAAAUUUCUUUAUAUACGAUUUUGUAACGAUGGGGUAGCGGGGUAGAAUUCCAGUUUAUAAUAAUUUAAAAAAGCCUUGGUAUGGAAAGAAAAUCACUUAAAUUGUCUUUUCCCGUUUUCCCUGCAUUUCUUUGCCACUAGUCCCUAAUGCACUAGACAUCUUACACCACUAUGCCAGCUACUUUGCUUUAAACAUUUGCAUUCUUUUAAUUUGAAAUAUGACUUGAACUGCUUUAAAAGUAAUAUUAAUAAUUCACAACACAGAUAAAAAACAUUUAGUUUAAAGAAAUAAACAUUUUUGUACAUUUCCAAAACAAAAAAGAAAGCCAUGAUGCUGCCAAUAAAAGAAUUCUGUUUUGUUUGGUUUUUGUAAUAUCUGUCUUGUGUUGUGAUGUCUGUUUUAAGGUCUUGUUAAACCUGUGUAAGAGAGGAAAGAAGAUAUAUUGUUAUUUUGUGUCAAUAAAUUCAAGUUUACUGUGGCCACGCACCCUUGUAUGUCUUUUGAAGCAUUAAAGCCUUUCUGUAUGCAUGAAAAUGAUGAAAGUUUUUCAUUCUCUUAAUGUUAUACCAAACUGAAAAUGAUUUGAUUCCAAUUACAUCUUUUAUUGCUUAUGAUAUACGUUUCAAAUGCUCCGAUGAAUAAAGGCAUGUCCUUAAUUGUGAAAUGGUGACAGAGCCAGGAUGUUGUAACCAAAGAUGAUGUUCAAUUGUAGUAUAUUUAUUGUAUUAUUUAAAAAAUAAAUAAAAUAAAUGUUAAUUGAUACCA